AUGGAGGAAGGACACGACACGGGGCAGAUGGAAUUUGAAGAGGAAGAUAUACCCCUGCGUAACGAUGAGAACUUCUGGUACGGGCACUAUUUUUGCACCUGGCCUAGGUGUGACCUCUGGUUUUCCACACCUGGUACUAGGAGGAAGCAUUUCAGGACUCACUGUAGGCCUGUACUCUGUUCCGUGUGCCCAAAGCGGAUGGCCUGGACUAGAGACAUGAGGAAGCACUUCGACACUCACUUCAAGCGGCCGCGUUACCAGUGCCGGUGUGAGAAGAUUUACUCCAAGAUGGAUAAUCUCAAGAAGCACAUCAAGGAGAAAACGGCACAGCCGAAGCUCUAA